AUGUUGGUACCUAUAGAUGAUCCGCCGACUGAUGUGAUAUCGCGCGUUGUCUUCGGGCGCUCGCGCAAUCUUCUGUCGACCGCCUCCUGGGACAAGGUCGGUUCCUGGCGUUCCCGCCGACACGCUUUGCAGACGCUUAGGAUACACGAAGUCGAUGAGUCGAACCGCGGCCGUGCUUUGGGGAGUUGCAAGUGGACCAGCCCCGUGCUCGACUGCGCCUUCCUGGAAGACGACCGGAAGGUGGCUUUUGGAGACCUCGAGAAGAACGUGAACGUCUUCGAUCUGGAAACGGGCAAAGUGGUCACGCUAGGCAGUCACAAUGCUCCUGUACGUUGUGUUCAGUACCACAAUAAACUAAAUGUCGUCAUCAGCGGUGGCUGGGACAAGCGCCUGCGCGCAUUUGACGUGCGGAUAUCGGCCAAAAGGCCUGUUGCAGAGGUGGAAAUCUACGGGAAGGUGCACUGCAUGGAUCUGCUGAACAACACGCUAGUCGUUGGCGACUCCAUGAAGAGGGUAUACAUCUACGAUAUAUCGCGUGGAUUCAGUGGAUUUGCGACCCCGGAAACCAAAGACGGGGUGCUCAAGUUCCAGUACCGUUCAAUCAAAUGCUUCCCCGACAACCGGGGGUUCGCCCUCGGAUCCAUCGAAGGACGUGUGGCGUGGGAGUAUUUCUCAAAGCAGCCCGAGACCGUAUCGCAACAGUACGCAUUCAAGUGCCACCGCAAAAAGACCUCCCCGGAGUCCGACGUCGCCUACGCCGUGAACAGCAUCGACUUCCACCCGCGUUUCGGGACGUUCGUGACUGGUGGCGCUGAUGGGCUUGUGUGCGCCUGGGAUGGCCUGAGUCGCAAGCGUCUCUGGAGGACCACUAGCCUCCCAACAGCGGUGUCAUCGGUCUCAUUCAACAGCGCCGGUGACAAGCUUGCUAUCGCAAUCUCGGAUGUCUUCCAGCUGGAAGGCGAUCCAGCGGCUCGUCCCUGCGUACUGGUUCGUGGCAUCAACAGUGACGAGUGCAAGCCACGCAACUCCACGAAAUGA